AUGUUCAAUUUUUCAGGAAACUCUGGCCAAGGUAGCCAGGCGGGACAAGGUUUUAGUUUUGGAAUAAAUAAUAACAAAUCUGAAAACAACACCGGCCAAAGUACAUUCAGUUUCGGCAAAACUGAUGGUGCAUCCUCGAAUAGCGACAAUGCAAGCAAGCCUGCAUUUUCAUUCUCCUCCGAAGACAAUAAGCCAAGCUCACUAGUCGCUUCUAGUGCAGGUACAGAGAAAAAGGCUCCACUCUUUGGAUCCAACCCAUCAUCGACCCAAGCUCAGUCACAACCUCAACCCCAGGCAUCUUUGUUUGGCACAGCAUCCAGCUCAUCCAAAACCGAAAAUAAGCCUGCAUUUUCAUUUGGUGCGACCGGUGCCUCGAACACUAAUUCGCUAUUUGGUGGACAGAAGACAGACUCGAAACCGACAAAUUUCAGUUUUGGAGACGCCCAAAAGUCUGACGCUAAACCAACUACCGGUCUCUCUUUCGGAGGCUCCCAGUCUCAGAAUAUAAGCACAUCUAAUAGUCAGGCCGCUCAGUCAUCAGGCAAUGCUUUCAAUUUCGGGUCUACUUCCAACGCAAACUCAGCAGAAUCCAAACCAUUGUUUGGGUCGGGAACUGUCAAUGCUGGGAGCUCCGAGCCUCUCUUUGGUGGAGCAAAUUUGUCAUCGUCUAAUGAUAAGUCGAAUGAGAAACCAACAUUCAGCUUUGGAGGCCAAUCAGAUAAACCCACGUUUUCGUUCAAUUCUGCAUCUGAAAAAAAGUCAGAGCCUCUGGCGCCAGGCUCUGCAUCAAGCUUUAGUUUUGGUGAGAAGAAGACGAACGAUUCACACCCUUCCUUUUCUUUUGGCGAUAAAAAAGCGGAAGAACCGAAGUCUACGACAGGCCUUUCUUUCGGAAUGCAAAAGACGGAACAGCAGAAACCAAGCUCUGGAUUUUCCUUUGGCAGUAACAAGCCCGAAGGUGACAAGCCAGCUUUAUUCGCAUUUGGAGAUACGAAAUCAGAUAAUGCAAAAGCCUCUUCAAAUUUCUCAUUCGGAGGUGAUAAGACAACUACCAAUAAAGAAGGCACCUCAAACAGUACCUCAACUAAGGAGCAAAUCAAAAGCACUGGAUUCAAUUUUGGGGCCAAAGAUGAAUCAAAAACGACCAGUACAUCCUCUGCUCCUUCCUUCUCUUUCGGCGCUCCUAAAACUGAUGAUAAGCCUGCUGCCACUGGAUUCAACCUGAAUCCUCCAAAAAGUUCCGACAAGAAAGUUGCUGCAAACCUUGACGAGAAGAAAGAGGAAAAAAAAGUCUCUUUUGGCUCUGGUCACGACAAAGCUCAAGUCAAACUCGAGGACAUCAAGCCACAGCCAAUUUCAAUCAAGAAUAAAACAUUAGAGGAUCUCAUAACCAAGUGGACAAAUCAGCUGUCUUCUUCUGUUAAGAUAUUUGAAAACUACAGUGACAAAAUUAAUAACUGGGACCAAAUACUUGUUUCUUCGUCAGAAAAAAUCUCUAAGCUAUAUGCGGACUCUCUGACAUGCGAUCAAAAGCAGUCAAAAAUUGAUCAGACUCUUUCAUACAUCGAAAGGCAACAGGAAGAACUUGACAAGUUACUCGAUGGGUACGAAAAGCAGUCUGAGUCGCUUCUUGCAUCGGUGCAGCAGGUGAGUACUGGCAAUGGAAAUGAAAGAGUGUUCACAAACGAUCAAAUUCGAGAAAACUCAUACAGACUUGCUGAGAGUCUUGAAAACAAGCUUGAUUCCUUGGAAACGAACUUUUCUUCCCUGAUUUCUGAAGUCAAUGAGGUGAGCGACUCAUUUAACAGGUCUCUACUCUCUUCAAGCUCUAAAAGCUUAGAGGAGGAGUCCUCGCUGGAAGACAUUCUUAAAUUACUGAAUAACCACUUAGAGAGUCUUAAUUGGAUUGAGAAGAACGAAAAACUUUUGAAAGAGCAAGUCGAAUCCCUUACACGUUCUGCAAUCUAG